GAGUCAACCGUUCGGUCUGGAGCGUGCAGUGCAACAUCAACAUCAUCAUGUUCAAGUUAUUUGCGGCCGCGGUGCUGUUAAGCGCAUCGCUUGCCAGCGCGACGCUGUUUAAGAAGAAGAUCGUCCUCACUUCCGAGGGUGGGGAUGGGCACGGAAGUGGCGGCUUCUCCCUCGGCGGUGGCACCUUCGGUCUAUCGUUCGGUGGCGGUCUGUCGGGAGGCGGAGAUGGACAUGGAGCGGGUCACGGGGGUGGAUCGUACGGAGGUGCGGGAGGAUCGGGCGGAGGUUAUGGUGGUGGCCACUCGUCAAGCAGUGCCUUUGCCGGUGCUAGUGCCAGUGCGAACGCUGGCGGCGGUUCCAGUGACUAUGGACAUCAUCAAGCGGGUGGACCCGGAACCGGCGGUGGCUACGGGCACGCAGGAGGUCACAAUGGCCACAAUGGCCACAAUGGAGUCGGCAACGGUGGUGGCCACGUGAGUGUAGAAGCCCCUGGUGGUCACAGUGGAGGUGGAACGGGCGGUGGCUAUGGGCAUGUAGGAGCCCCUGCCGCAGGUGGCCACAGUGUGCACGCUCCGUCGGAGCACCUUACGCCGCCGGCCAGCUACCAGGGAGGUGGAAGCAGCAGCCAGGGAGGUGGCUACGCCAACAGUUACGCCAGUAGCCAUGCCAGUGCGGGGGCCACCGCUGGAGGACACACAGGCGAUUCCGGUAGCGGAGGAUCAUACCAAGGCCCUCCUCAAGGAUCGGGCUCGUACGGCGGAUCACACCAAGGGGGCGGCUACUCAUCGGGCGGUCAUCACGGUGGAGGUGGUGGUGGCUUCACGAAACAGAUCACCGUCACCAAGCACGUCUCCGGUCCGCCGGCACCACCGAUCGUCGUCGAGAAACCAGUUCCGGUUCCGGUUGACCGACCCUACCCGGUGUACAUCGAGAAGAAGGUCCCGGUGACGGUAAUCAAGGAGGUUCCCGUCGAUCGACCAGUCCUGGUUCACGUACCGAGCGGAGGCGGUGCUCACGGAAGCAGUGGUCACGGGGGCGUGGGAGGAUAUGGACAAGGACACGCAAGUGCGAGUGCCAGCGCUAGCGCCCACGCUGGAGCCAGUGCCGGAAGUUACGGGGGAAACUAUGGAGGCGCGUCCGGGGGCUAUGGUGGUGGACAUGGCGGUAGCGGUCGUGGCCAUGCUGGCCACGGUGGCCAGGGGGGACUGACGUUCACCAAGACCAUUUCGUUCGAGAAGAACUUGAACAAACACAAACACCACUUUCACCACCAUGGCUGGUAGACCGCGUCUCCGGAACUUAACGCCUCAAGAGUCGUACACUAAUUGCAAUAAAUAGAAUUUAAAAGUAAUCAGUGGACAUAAAUGAAUAGUGAAACGAGAGAGGAGGAGACGAGAGAGAAAUAAAACUUCAGUCUUCAG